AAAAGAUACACCUGAAACCCGAUUUCACUGAUCAAAAGAGUAGAAGAUAGCGGCGUUAUCAUAUCGUAAAUAGAGUACCCAGUUAUUAUAUUCCUGGUAUUAGUCACAAUGACGGGAACCCAUUGGAGCUACGAUAUUCUGAAGAAGCUGGCCCUGGAAGGCAACUCAGAUGUGGAACAGCUAAAGCAAAUGUUCAGCGAGGAAAUUGGAUCCAAGAGACGAUAUGACCGCAUCAGAAGCGUAGCGGACCUGAUUGACUGCCUGGAGAGGGCCGACGAAUUGGCCGAGGACAAUGUGGAGCCACUGCGUCGGAUGUGCACAAACCACCCCGACUUGGCCCAUGCUUUGGAUGAGUAUACUCCGCCAGAAAGAUGCAGCGAGUUGGUGAACCGCUACCAGGAGAUACGCCUCGCAGAGGAGCUGCAGCAGCAAUUGCGGUUUGCUCCGAUUCAGUUGCACCCACCCUCGGCUCCAGUGGCUUUAGCCACUCCACCACCAUCCCAGAACUAUACUAGCCCAGCGGCGUAUACGCCACAAAAACGAGCCGCUGUUUUCAAAAAAAUAUCCGAGGAACUGGGUCGUUUCUGGCGGCGACUGGGUCGUGCUGCUGAUAUUGGGGAGGGCGCCAUGGAUGAGAUCGAGCAACGCUUCCCCAAUGACCUGAAGUCACAAAUUCUACGACUGUUGCAGCUAAUUGAGGAGGAUGACUGCCAUGAUCCCAAGCACUUCCUGAUUCGUCUUUGUCGUGCCCUGGGAGAAAGUGGUAGAAACGAUCUCCGAAAGAAGGUGGAGCAGAUAAUGUCGUAUUAGAUUUAGUUUUAUGCAGAAAAUAU